GUCCCCAUUGCUUCCGUGCUGCCCAUCCCUAUACCACUCUGCCCCUCUCUCGACGCCAAUUGCUUGCCCAAGAGUGUUGCGACGCUGAUUUGCGCCUUCUCUCCGCCAUGUCCACCGUCAAGGACCAGGUGGGCGAGGUGUUGCUGGGCACCUCCGAGGAGCCGCAGAUGUCGCAACUGACGCGGGCCGCCUUUAUGAAGCAUGCCCUCAAGGACGAAGCCAGUGGCGAAUACUAUCUCAGCGAGAACGAGUUCAUUGAUGCUGUCGCGCCCGAGAGCGAAGAUUAUCACAAAAUCAAGCGCUUCCAGUAUGGCAUCCUCUUCGUCGUCGCAGAUCGCGAGAAGAAGGGCCGCGUCACCCUGCGUGACUGGAGCAACUUCCAGAACCUGCUUGCGAAGCCCGACGCCGAGUACGAAGUCACCUACCGCCUCUUCGAUUGGGACGGUGACGGCCUCAUUGACUUCAGCGAGUUCUACAAUGUAUGGAAGGCGCACAAGGGCGAGGACAGCCUGCCGUUCGACUGGAAUUCAGAGUGGGCAACGCUAUACAUCGGAUCCAAGGACAAGCGUCACACCAUGACCUACCCACAAUUUUCCCAGAUGCUUCGCGGAUUGCAGGGCGAGCGCGUCCGGCAGGCCUUCCUGCAUUUCGACAAGAACAAGGACGGAUACAUUGAGCCUGAGGAAUUUCAGCGCAUCAUCCUAGAGACCGCAAGCCACAAGUUGUCCGACCACCUCCUCGAGAACCUACACACUCUCUGCAACAUUUCCGCCGGCAGCAAGAUUUCCUACGCCAACGUACGGGCUUUCCAGAAUAUGAUCCAGCAGAUGGAUAUGGUAGAGCUAAUCAUCCGAAAUGCGGCCAACAAGAGUUCAGAUGGCAAGAUUACUCGUACUGAUUUCCUGAAUGAGGCUGCUAGGAUCAGCCGAUUCAACCUGUAUACCCCCAUGGAGGCCGAUAUCCUCUUUCACUUUGCCGGUCUCGAUGAGCCGUCAGGACGGUUGGGCCUAAAGGAUUUCGCUCGAGUGCUGGAUCCGUCAUGGCACACGGCGUAUUCCUUGGGUUCCAGCGCGAUUGCGGAUGCUGGCCAAAAGGCUUUCUCGACGACAAAGUCAUUGCUCUAUGACGUCCUGGAGGGCGUUCAUCACUUCGCAUUGGGAAGUUUGGCGGGCGCGUUUGGUGCCUUUAUGGUGUACCCCAUUGAUUUAGUGAAGACACGAAUGCAGAACCAGAGGAGCUCACGCGUCGGAGAGAUGCUGUACAAGAACUCGCUCGAUUGCGCGCGGAAGGUCAUCAAGAACGAAGGGUUCAGGGGACUGUACUCUGGGGUACUCCCACAGCUCGUCGGAGUUGCGCCGGAGAAAGCCAUCAAGCUGACAGUGAACGAUCUGGUCAGAGGGAAAUUCACAGAUAAGCAGACAGGCAAGAUUUGGUGGCCGAUGGAACUUAUUGCAGGUGGCACGGCUGGCGGCUGUCAAGUGGUCUUUACGAACCCACUCGAGAUUGUCAAGAUUAGAUUGCAGGUCCAGGGUGAAGUCGCAAAGACGGUCGAUGGCACUCCUAAACGCUCUGCGAUGUGGAUCAUCAGGAACCUGGGUCUCGUCGGCUUGUACAAGGGCGCUAGCGCAUGUCUCUUGCGGGAUGUCCCUUUCUCGGCCAUCUACUUCCCCACCUACAGCCACUUGAAGAGGGACUUCUUUGGUGAGAGUCCGACUAAGUCGCUUGGUGUGCUGCAGAUGCUCACGGCUGGCGCCAUCGCUGGCAUGCCGGCGGCCUACUUCACGACGCCGUGCGAUGUCAUCAAGACCAGAUUGCAGGUCGAAGCGCGGAAGGGUGAGGCCACUUACACUGGCCUCCGACAUGCGGCGAAAACAAUCUACCAACAGGAAGGAUUCAAGGCGUUUUUCAAGGGCGGGCCAGCCCGUAUCUUGCGAUCCUCUCCCCAGUUUGGUUUUACGCUGGCCGGUUACGAAGUGCUGCAGCGGGCCCUCCCUAUGCCGGGCCACGCUGACGAGGAGGGUCCUCGCAGUCACGUCGAACCCGGAGUCGGACUUGCAGAAGCUAAAGCACCGCUGCCGUACCUACGCAGCCGAAACGCACUCAAGAUUAUCUUGGACCUAGACGAGAACUUUGGACGCCCGAAAUUGCCGCAGGGCAAGACGUGGCCGGGCCUUGCAGGCUUGGGCGGAAAACCGCAGGCAUGAGGUCCUCCUGCACACGUCGAGCCUGGAGGGAUUCCUGAGAGGAGAGGUGCAGCGUGGGUAAAUGGGGAUUGGAUGGAUUCUCGUAUGGGAUUUCGCAUUUGGCGCGGUUCUGGUUUAUCAUCCAAUUAUUUUCUUUUGGCGUCCGACCGCCUUUGAGGG